UCAAAUGAUGCGCCGCAGUGCCCUGACUAUAAAAGGACCUGUCCGGGCCAGACAUCACUCGCAUCUCACUUUCUAUCCUUCCCGCGCACUCACCAUCACACACCUCUGAGCUCCACACACACACACAAGCACACACACGGUUGCUCUCUCUCUCUCUCUCUCUCGCUCUCUUUCUCUCUCUUCUCUUUCCCAAAGUAAAGGAAACAUGAGUUACUCCAGCGACAUUUACAGCAGCAGCUCCUAUCGUCGGAUCUUUGGAGAUGCGCCCCGGUCAGGUCGCGUGGGUCUGGGCAGCAGCAGCAGCAGCCCGUCCCGCCUGCACUCCGCGGGAUACCGAAGCAGCCACCGCAGUUAUGGCUCCCCUUCUGUGGUCUCCUCCACCACCUACCGCAGGACGGCGGCACCCGGCCGCGUCUUCUCCUCCAUGCCGGACUCCGCCAUGGACCUGACCCAGUCUACCGCCGUCACCAACGAGCUCAAGAUCAUCCGCACCAACGAGAAGGAGCAGCUGCAGGGCCUCAAUGACCGCUUCGUGUCCUUCAUCGAGAAGGUCCACAACCUGGAGCAGCACAACAAAGUCCUGGAGGCCGAGGUCACGCUGCUGCGCCAGCGCAACAACGAGCCGUCGCGCCUGUACGAGCUGUACGAGCAGGAGAUCCGCGAGCUGCGGGCGCGCGUGGAGGAGCUGACGCACGAGAAGAGCCAGAUGCACCUGGACUGCGUGCAGAUGAACGAGACGCUGGAGCGCGUGAGGGAGAAGCUGGAGGAGGAGAGCCGGCUGCGCGAGGAGGCGGAGAGCGCCCUGAAGGGCUACCGGAAGGACGUGGACGACGCCACCCUGGCGCGCCUGGAGCUGGAGAAGAAAGUGGAGUCUCUGCUGGACGAGAUCGCCUUCCUCAGGAAAGUUCAUGAAGAGGAGCUGCAGGAGCUGCAGGCAUCCCUGCAGGCAUCGCAGGUGUCGGUGGAGAUGGAGAUGAGUAAACCGGAUCUGGCUGCAGCCCUGAAAGACAUCCGGACUCAGUAUGAGAACCUGUCAGCCAGGAACCAGGUCCAGGCCGAGGAGUGGUACCGCUCCAAGUUUGCCACUGUGACAGAAGCUGCCGCGCGCAACCAGGAUGCCAUCAAGCACUCAAAGGAGGAGCUGAGCGAGUACCGUAGGCAGGUGCAAGCCCGCACCCUGGAGAUCGAGGCCCUCAGGGGCCACAAUGAAGCCCUGGAGCGGCAGAUUGCUGAGAUGGAGGACCGCCACAACAAUGAGAUUGGAGAGAUGCAAGACACUAUUCAGCAGCUGGAGACUGCCCUGCGAAGCACCAAGGGAGAGAUGUCUCGUCACCUGCGGGAAUACCAAGACCUGCUGAAUGUCAAGAUGGCCCUGGACAUCGAGAUUGCUGCUUACAGGAAGCUGCUGGAAGGCGAGGAAUGCCGCCUCAGCUCAGUGGGCAGCGCCAUGGUCCAGUCUGGUUAUCCUGGUUUGUCCUACACGUCGGCCCGGGCCUAUGCCUUCGGAUCUUACAGGAAGCCCAAGCCAGAUGAGGAGGAGGAGGAGGCAGGAGAAGAAGAGGAGAAGGAGGAAGAAGAGGAGGAAGGGGAGGAGGAGGAAGCUGAGGAGGCAGAGGGAGAAGAGGGAGAGGAGCAGGAGGAAGGUGAGGGAGAAGGAGAGGAGGAAGAGGAAGAAGGAGAAGGAGAGGAAGAAGAGGAGGAGAAGCCAAAGGAGAAGGAGGAGAAGGGGAAGGAGAAGGAGAGCUCCACCGGGAAGAGCAGCAAGAGCUAAACUGCUUGUGUCAUCAUCAGCAUCAGUAACUCAUCUCACAACCCACCGACCACCUCUGGGUCUGCUCCCUCUUCAUGUCAUCUCUGUGUUUCCCACUCACUCACUCACUCAGUCACUCAGUCACACCCAUCCGCCCGUUCCAGAUGCCUCCCACCUCCACACCUGUCCGUAUCUGCUCUGCAGAUGAGACGGCAUCACUUCAGCCACUGUCAGGCGGAGAAGUAGCUUUAGCAAGGAAUUUAUGGUUACAACAGUAAUAAAACAGUUCACAUAUUUAUUCCCCGCCGGUGUUCUGUUUUCACAUUUCUGAAGUGCAGAGGGCUAGCAUGAUUGUCACAACAGGGAAAAGAGAUCCAAAGUGAAUGCUUCCUCCUGCAAUAUGUGCCAUUGAUGAUCCACAUUCACAUUGCAAAGAGCAUCCCCGUCUCAGAGGUAACAAUGUAGUCAGCACACAGACUUUGAAGAUAAACGCACAGAUCCUGGAGCAUGAGAAACAGCCAGACCAACUUUUAUGGUGCUAUUUGAUUUUUACAUGUACAAGUUGGGGAGUCCGUUACAUGAAGGAUUUUAUCAUAAAAUGCACCGCGACCAGCUCUCGUUCCUGAAUGUGAAUGUCAGCUUCAAGGCAGGAAUCUUAUAGCAGAAAAAAAAAAAAUGCUUUGACGUGGUUAGGAUUUUCUGACCCCACAUUCCAAACGCUCCGACUCAUUUCAGUCCACUUAGUUCUGCUGUCAUCCUGCUUUCAUUUACUGCAGCACUGCAACCCUGAGCUUGGAGAAAGUUGUCUGUGCAAGCGUGUGUGAGGCCGUGCGGUGUUGGAAAGGAGGAGCGCUGUCGCUUCUCUGGGGGGAAAAAAAUGCAAAAAUAAAGCUUUGUGAAUGAAAAUGUAGAGCUUUACCUGCUGUUAUGUGUAUUUUUGGAGGGACUAUAACCAAUCCCUACUGUUGAUUGAUUCAUGUGUCAAAGAGUGUUCUUUCACAUCUCAAUGAAAAACAAAUAUUUCUUAUUUCUUCCCAUGUAAACACUGUAGCCCCUUUGUUCCAUUAGGCUGGACCCAGAAAAUGAAUGGGUGUAUGUGAGAGUCUGUCAGCUAUUAGAUGCUGUGAUUUAUGGUGUAGAGUCAUAAAUAAGGGCUAUAUUAACCAUAUUUUUCUCUCACUUUGCCCUGAAUUAUUUGUUUUGCUGUUGUUCUUCAUUUGAUUUCCUUUGGUUUUGGUUUUGUUUUGACAGAUGAAUCAAGCAACAGGUCUGAUUGCAUGGCCUGACACCUGAAGCUUGAAUAUUAGCUGGAUGAGAAAGACUUUUGCUUGUUGUGUGUUCAGUUAAAAAAUAAAAUGGAAUAAAAAAAAAACUUGCCUUAACCAUAAAUGAAAGUAAAAUACACAUGUUUUCCACCCGUAUCUCACUUGUUCCUGGUAAGAAAGAGGAGUGCUGACACUUUCCAGAUUCUGCUAUACAACUGUGAUUGUACAUGCUGCUGUUUCGUCUCAAAGCCAAAUAAAGACAUUUAAUAAACAAAACA